AUGGUUUUGGAGGAUUUUGGUAUGGAAGAAGAAAUCAUAGCCGAUUUGGAGUUGAGUUAUCUACCUGCUGAGUUGAUCAAUACAUCAGGAUGUCCACCUGUGAUCAUUGCAAACGAUCGACAGUUUCAGAAUUUUGUUCGCUUUGUUCAAAAGAGUAAUUAUACUCGAUUGUGUGUAAAAUGUAAAGCCAAGGCUGAGAAUCCGAAUGAAGCAGCCUUUGAUCUUAACAAAUCGCCAGCCGAUCCAUGUACUGAUGAAGAGGAAGAAAACUCGUUUGACAGUGGGGACGAAUCAGCUCAUGUGUAUGCUGAGAGGCAGAGCGAGAAGAAGAAUGAAAAGCGGAAAGGAGUCGCAGUUGAUGAGGAUGGGGACUAUGAUGCUGAUACCAUGAUCUCUAAAAAAGAGAACAUACAUAAUAUGUCAAAGUUUUCUCUGCUCCAUGCGACUUUCGAGAUAUGUGCAAUGAAGCAUAACUUUGACUACCAGGUUAUCAAAAUGGAUAGACAACUUUGGUAUGUUAGAUGUGCGGAUAAUGCAUGCAAUUGGGGUGCUCGAGCAGAGUGUCUGAAGGAUUCUACAUAUUUCAUGAUCAAGAAGUAUGUCGGUAAACAUACAUGCGCACCUUCAAGCAAAACCAAAGCGGGUAAGACUGCUUCGGCAAAAACUAUAGGUAGUCUGAUUAUGCAUAAGUAUGAAGACGUCAAGGAAGGGCAGAAAUGUAAUGAUAUCAUACAGAUUAUGCGUAGUGAUCAUGGAUGUGAGAUCUCAAAAUCUUUAGCAUGGGAUGCGCGUGAAUAUGCGAUCAAUGCAAUUAGAGGUAUUCCAGAGAGAAGUUAUGGGAAAAUACCAAAAUACUUGCACAUGCUGAGAGAGGCUAAUCCAAGUACACACUCAUCUUACGAGAUUGACGGAAAUGGGAAUUUUCGGUACCUGUUUAUUGCAUUUGGGCAAUCGAUAAGAGGAUUUAACAGAGUCAUGAGGCAGGUUAUUGUGAUCGAUGGGACAUUUUUGAAGAAUAAAUACAAAGGAAUUUUACUGGUUACAACUGCUGUAGACGGAAAUUCUAAUAUGUAUCCUAUUGCGUUUGGAAUAGUCGACUCAGAGAAUGAGCGUUCUUGGGAAUGGUUUAUGAGACAACUUAAGGUUGUCAUUGCAGAUGAUCAUAAUUUGGCUUUUAUUUCAGACAGACAUGGGUAUAUCGCUAAGGCACUUGAAAAUGUGUAUCCAUCAGCUAGACACGGUAUUUGUAUUCAUCAUUUGUUGAAUAAUGUGGUCACAUAUUUCCAUGGGAAAGGACUUGCUGGGUUGGUUUCAAAGGCGUCCAAGGCUUAUCGAGUUUCUGAGUUUGAGAAGACAUUUGCUAAUGUGUGUAAUAUCAAUCCGGCAAUUGGAAAUUACCUAAGGGAAGCUAAUGUGCAAAAAUGGGCUAGAUGCCAAUUCCCUGGAUACAGAUACGACAUAAGGACAACCAAUCCUGAUGAAUCUAUCAACUCUGCUUUGCGUUCACCGAGAGAGUAUCCAGUCAUUCCUUUGUUGAACAGUAUCAGGGAAAUGUUGACAUGGUGGUUUUAUGAGCGUAAGAAACUGAUUUCAAAGCAUAAACAUCCUUUGACCAAAGAUGUAGAGAAAAAGAUAGGCAGGAGAAUCGGGAAAUGCUCCACAUUUGUAGUUUACCCUUACAACCUUAUGAAGAUCCCUUGUAGGCACGCAAUUAAAGCUGGUUUUCAUGUUGGAAGAGAGCCACACACAUUGACUGAUUUGAUGUAUACGACAGGAGCUUGGAGAGAAGCUUAUCAAGAAAGCAUAAAUCCUAUUGAUGUUCCCGAGGAUGUUUGGUCUAUACCAGAAGAUGUUAAGAAAGUCAUUGUUCUACCACCAGAGACAAGAAGAUCAGUUGGAAAGAAAAGAAAACGCAGAUAUGAAACUGUGGAAGACAAAAUUCUGUCAUCGCAAAUAUCACGAAAGAAGCAGCCUUGGAAGUGUAGUAGAUGUGGUAUUAGUGGGCACAACAGAGCAACUUGUAAAGUUGCUCUGUUCAAGUAUGCAAGUGGUGGUAAAUGGCGAGCUAGGCGAGCUUAUUUCUAA